ACCCUGCAAGAUGGCCGUUAGGGUAACUUCGAGCUCAUUUCCCCCUUCUGAUUUAGAUUUAAAUGGAUAUCAUCAUCGGCCUGUAUUGCCUCCACAUAAAGCAGCACAAAAUGCUUUGCACGUAACGAUGGAGUCUGCGCUCAUUCCUUCAUCGGAUGCAGAUGAACAAUUCAGGAGAUUAUUCAGCAGACUAAGAGCCCUCAGACCUUCUGACAGACCAAGCUUCAAAACUGAACUCAACCUGCUGUUCGAUCAGCUGAUUUCGGAAAAUUCUAGCAGCAGUUUUACCAAUGAAAACAUACGACAAGAAGAGGUAUGCGCUCUGCUCGUUCACGCAAGCCGACUGGUUCCACACAGCCAAGAACACCUUGUCAUCAAAUUAUGCCAGUUGAUUCAUCAGCUGCUAAAUCAGUUACAGGUGAUUGUUGAUGAGCAGACACUUGAUACUCUCGUGUCAUACUGUACACGUGCGUUGCGAACAUGCAGCUUGUGGACUCACGCAGAGAUACUGUUGGCCCUUUCGUCACUGGUGUAUGGCAAUGGGCCCCGAUGCCAGCAGUACCUUCCAGAGCUCCUGGGACAGAAUGGUAUCCUUCUGAACUACAGUGAUUCCUGUCAGACUGACAUAGAACUAUGUCGUUCUGCUGUGCACUGCAUGGCCAACCUUUGCCUUGGAGUCCCAGGUCAUUCUUAUUUUGAAGAACCACACAAGCAAAUAUGUUACACAAUCUUCAUGCAGACUCUUCAGUCCCCAAAGCCUCCAGGUGUGGAGGAAAUAUCCUUCUGUACACUAUUGCAGAGUGCCUUAAAGGGCAUGCAGUAUUUUCUGAAUGGGGAGAAAUGGAGAGCUAGUCCUGAUCAGGACCUGGGCUGCUUAUUGGCUGUGCUCAAGAAAUUCAUGUUUUAUGGGCUUCCCGGGAUAAAUGUGGAGAUGCCUCGAGUUUUGUACCCCGCGCCUCUCCCCCAAUACGAAACCAUUCCUGCAGCCAAAACAGACCCUGCACAGGACAUGCCAGUACAAAGGAAAACACCAGCGUCCCAACAGAGUAAGAAGCGAAGGUCCCGUGGGAAAGGGAAGAAAGUCAGGGCGGAAGGGGGGAAAGGAGGACAGGACGAGGGAGAUGAUGAAGAGCUGAGGAGUGGAGGAGGCGUGGGGGAGACUCGAGGGGAGGGCCCGGCGGGGCACCCUCGCCUGUCUGCCCACCUCGCUCCGCCUCUCCAGCCAGGAGUUAGAACUCAGUUCUGCCCCCAAUGGAAGAAAAGCAGCUCUGAUUCUGAUUUCUCCGAUCCCGAAGGAGGCAUGCAGUCCAAACUCAGCAGGCUGUAUCACGCUCGCGUGCGGCAGGGUGCUCUGCACUGCUUCCUGGCUGUGGUGAAGUGCGUGGAGAAGAAGGUGCUUUAUGGCUACUGGUCCAGUUUCAUCCCCAAUGCCCCUGGCAUCGGAAGCCCCCCGUCGCUGACCCUACUCAACAUCGCUCUGAAAGACCCGUCCCCCAAGGCGCGCGCGGGAUCCCUGCAGGUACUCUCCGCCCUCCUGGAAGGCUCGCGGCAGUUCUUGUCCGUGGCUGAGGACACCGGCGCACCCCGGCAAGCCUUCACACCAUUCUCGGCCACCCUGGCGGCCAGCAUAAGGGAGCUCCACCGCUGCCUCCUGCUCGCACUGCUUGCUGAGUCCUCCUCUCAGACGCUCACGCAGGUCAUAAAGUGCUUCGCCCACUUGGUGUCCAACGCACCCUACAACCGCCUCAAGCCUGGCUUGCUCAUCCCUCUGUGGAAACAGAUCCGUCCGUAUGUCCGGCACAGAGAUGUGAAUGUGCGCGUGUCCAGCCUCACCCUGCUGGGUGCGCUUGUCUCUGCUCAGGCCCCCCUGCCCGAGGUGCGACUCUUCCUGCAGCAGCCUGGCUCAGCCCACGGGCCCCCUGCCUCUGGGGGGUCCACACCACAAGGGCCCCAUCCGCCCGGAUGGAGGCAUCCUGGCCACGGAGAGCCGGCGGUGCCCGGGUCGGGCACAGAAGGCACCCCAGAGGCGCCAUGCUGGCUGCUGCAGCUGUGUGUGGCCCUAGUCACCCAGCCCCGCGAGGAGCCCCACUCGGACAGCGACGCGGCCAGCUCUGGUUCGCUGGAGCCCUCACCUGUCCGCCUGGAGGCGCUGCAGGUGCUAGCCCACCUGGUGAAGGGCUACUUCCCUCUGGCUCAGGCGUGUCUACUGGAGUUGGGCCAGCUCAGCGCACGCUGUCUCAGGGAGCAGGACCCUUCAGUUCAGCUACAUGGAGCCAAGCUGUUGGAGGAGCUGGGCACUGGGAUUAUCCAGCAGUACAGAACUGAUGCCAGCCCUUCAGAUGCUGCCACUGCUGUACCCAUGUGCCAGGUGGUGCAGUUCUGGUCUGAGGUCCUGACUGGUCCUCUGAUAGGAGCCCUACAGAAUGAACAGCACCUGACCCUACAGACCAGCGCAUGUGAUACACUCUCAUCCGUGCUACCGCAGGCCUUCAGCCAGCUUCCUGACAAAACCCAAGUUCUUUGUAUCACGGUACUGCUUGGCCUCACAUACAGUGAAAACUCCUUGGUGAAGGCAGCAGCUGUGAGGGCUCUGGGUGUCUACAUUCUGUUCCCCUGCCUCAGAGAGGACGUGAUGUUUGUGGCGGACACGGCCAAUGCCAUCCUCACCGCUCUGGACGAUCGCUCUCCCAAUGUUCGUGCCAAGGCUGCCUGGUCGCUAGGCAACCUCACCGACACCCUUAUUGUCAACAUGGAAGCAGUCGGACUAGACUUUCAGGAGGACAUUUCUGACAUGCUUCUUCUGAAGAUGCUCCUAUCUGCCACGCAGGCAUCAGCAGACAAGGAUAGGGUAAAGAGCAAUGCCGUGCGUGCUCUGGGGAAUCUGCUGCACUUUCUGCAGCCAGCGCACCUGAGCAAGCCGGCGUUCGCGCUGCCCCUCCAGCAUGCCAUGAGGGCUCUCACAGACACGGUGAGAGGGGAUGCCACCAUGAAGGUGCGCUGGAAUGCUUGCUACGCACUGGGCAACGCCUUCCGAAACCCUGGCCUGCCUCUGGGAGCUGCCAGCUGGUCUGAAGAGGCCUACUCUGCUCUCUCAUCGGCCGUCACAUCCUGCAGGAACUUCAAAGUGCGCAUCAAAUCUGCUGCUGCCCUCUCUGUCCCUGCAUCACGUGAGCGCUAUGGGGACACACGGCAGUUCGCCGAAGUGUGGAGCACACUGGCCCGGGCGCUGGAGCACAGCGGCGACACUGAGGACUUCCUGGAGUACCGCUACUGCACCAGCCUGCGCUCCCAGCUCUGCCACGCACUGCUACACCUCAUGACCCUGUGUCUUUCACGCGAUCUGCCUGCCUUGGCGGCAUCGCUGGGCAGCCAGUCGGCGCCGGCACUCCGGGGCUUCCUGGUUAGUUACCUGGGCGACGGCACACUGACUCCCAGGCACGUUGUUGGUGACGAAGAUGUGGCAGGCCAGACAGAGACCGGGAAUGGGCUGGAGGUGCUGGGUCGGGCCCUGAGCAGACUGAAGGAGUUAGAAGCGGAGGCUGUGGCAGAUGGUGCAUCUGCCCUGGACACCGUGCGGGGCUUUCUGGAGGACGUGGCAAAGAGCUGCGAAGAUUUGAAGGCUUCGGAUGGAUUGGACGCUCGGCUGGCGCACAGUAGCUCAUCUCCGACGCUUCCUUGAAGCCCUACCAUAGAGGCUACACUUACAGGGAUAAGAAGGAAAUUGGAGCAUGAGAUAUAUGAAUUCCAUCAAUAAAUGAUUACAGCAGUGCAAAUCUAGAGUAGAUGUCAGAGACAACGUGUCCAGUUAUGUAGCCAAAAUGGUGAGCAAAAGUGUCGAGAAGCUAUUUAGGAAAUACUUAUUUGUUCACGGAUUUAUUGAGUGGCUUUUUUUAAACUUGUAAAUCAGCAUGUGGGAUCUCCAUCUGUACAAAAUAUGUUUGCUUAAUCCUCAUUCACAAAGGGGAAGCUCUGUUUGAUAAUGACCAUUUUCUGUUGUAAACCAUAUACCUAAAUGUCAAGAAUUUUAAGUGGGGCUUUUGUGGGAACGGUCAUUUUAUUUAACACACAUAGGAGCUGAUAUUUUAUGAACUGUGACCUAAACAAUAAGGAACAAUAAAGGAUGUUUAUUUUAAGCGGGCUACUUCA